GCAGCCUCAGGAUCCUCUGCUGAUUUCACCAUCCGUCAGGUGGACUUUGUCCAUGAAGGAUCCUACUACUGCCAGUACCAAACACGAGUUUCCGGUCGUGACUUCACCUCAUCUCACAGUGAUUCAGUCACCUUCUCUGUAGAUGUGCCCCUGCCACAGCCCGCCAUCUCUGUCAGUGGCCCAGAUGGAGAGCUUCCAUGGGGUAGACAUGGCCCAGAGGCCCCCCGGGAUCAAAGCUUCUCCAUCGUCUGCUCCAUCCAGUCACAGUACCCAGGAGGCUCUUUCCACCUCGUCUCUGAUGGCUCUGAUGAGAUCCGGACUGAGCUGGCUGUCAAUAACUCGGCCUCUUUCUUCUUUCCUGCGGCUGACUUCACCCACGAGGCAAACUACAGCUGCCUCUAUGAGGUUACUUUGACAGGUCGUCUCUUCACCUCAACAAGAACAGAUGAACUUAGCAUGUCUGUACGAGAGCUGACUUGGAUGGAAUGGAUACACACCUCUGUCACCUCUGCACACCCUAUUGUCUUCUACUGUGGAGCAAUACUUGGACUGAUGCUAUUGCUGGUUCCCAUCGCAGUGUGUAUACUGCGGAAGAUGAAUAGAGGCCAGGAAUAUGUGGUGAACGACGAGUACUGGGCUAUGACAACAUAUGACGCCUCCUUCAAUGUCACCGAAAAUCUGUGAAGAAUUGAAGAUUUCACAUGACAUGAAUGCAUUUUUCAUUUUAAUUUUUCAUUUUUCAAUGCAAUGCAGUUUUUUUAUCAAUUGCUAUCCUGACUGAUGACUCACCAGUCAUCCUUCUAUAAAAUGAAUGUAUUAGUAGAUUAGUGUGUGAUUAGUGUGUGUGUUUAGAGUGUAUGAUUUGCAUUCGCACAGCCUUAGU